CACGUGGUAUCACGUGAUUUUCCGGUUCUUAAAUCUUACUAAGUUUUUCUGUUUUCUUCAAUAGUCAAUACGUGUAUACGCGCGCACGCCUGUGAAUUUUCAAUAUUGAGGCCGGGUUCACACUUCACAGCGUGACGUCGUCUAUCGUGCGUGGGCCUCUUAUCGUAUUCUGAUUGGCCGUUGCAAUCAUAUUAUCACUUACUAACCAUAAUCUGCCGGAAAAUUUUCAGAUAUGGAACAAGCUCAACUUUUGGACACUACAGACUACAUAGCUGCGUACCCUGCAUUACAGUUAUAAAUAUUUCAAAUAUAAUUAUAAUAAAUCGUUUCACCCAUUCACUAUGAAACCUUUAAUGUUACAAGGGCACGAGCGUGCCAUUACUCAAAUUAAAUACAACAGAGAGGGUGAUAUAUUGUUCUCGUCUGCUAAGGACGUAACACCAAACGUUUGGUAUUCUUUGAACGGAGAGCGUCUUGGUACGUACAUUGGCCAUACUGGAGCUGUAUGGUGUAUUGACGUCGAUUGGAAAACCACAAAAUUUUUGUCCGGAGCUGCUGACAACACCUUAAGGCUUUGGGAUGUUGCUACUGGUGUGGAGAUUGGUAAUAUUAGUAGUAAUUCAGCUGUGCGUACAUGCUCAUUCAGUUACUCAGCUGAUCUCGCCAGCUAUUCAACAGAUCAGGCUAUGAAACAAGAUUGUGAAAUUUUUAUAGUGGAUGCUCGAGAUGACGAAUCUUUUAAAAGCAGCGCUCCAAUUUUAAGAAUGACUGUGCCAGAUUCCAAAGUGACUUCUUUAAUUUGGGGUACAUUGGACCAUACAAUCAUUACUGGACAUGAAGAUGGUGCUAUUACUCAAUGGGAUUUGAGAACUGGAAAAAGCAUAGAAACUGUAAAAGACCAUCAAGGAUCAAUCAACGACAUGCAAAAAAACCGACAAGGUACAAUGUUUGUUACUGCAUCAAAAGACAAAACAUCAAAGUUAUUUGAUGUUGACGAUUUGUCGGUCCACAAAGUCUAUGUGACUGAACGCCCUGUCAACAGUGCUUCACUUUCACCUAUAUAUGAUCAUGUGGUAUUGGGUGGUGGUCAAGAUGCUAUGGAUGUAACAACAACGGCAGCACAAGCAGGAAAAUUUGAUGCCAGAUUCUUUCAUGUUAUAUUUGAAGAAGAAUUUGCAAGAGUAAAAGGUCAUUUUGGUCCAAUAAAUUCGUUAGCAUUCCAUCCAGAUGGUGAAAGUUUCAGUACAGGCGGAGAAGAUGGUUUCAUUAGGGUGCAAUCAUUUGAUCCAACUUACAAAGAAUUUAGAUUUGAUUAUUGAUUAUUUAUUUAAGUGUUAGUGUCAAUAAUUUAAAAAAAAAAAAUAAAAAAAUGUCUUCCAAAAUAUUAAACAUCAAUGUAAUUUUGCUAUAUUACGCUCAUGUGAGAUGGAUACAACAAAUACAGAUGUUGCUUGCUCUUAAUAUAAACCACAUAGAUAUAACUUUUAAUUAUAAUGAAUUUUUCAUUUUUGAUUAUAAAUUAUUGCAGAAUAUCUGCAGCCCUCCAUUUAUUUUGAAAAAUAACUACUUAGGCAGAUUUUUGUCUGUUAUUGUUGUCAGUUAAUUUUAAAAAAAUGAUGCAUGAUACAAAUUGAAAGUUUUUAUAGUAUUUAAAGACAUUUUUUAAAAUACCAUGUACCUAUUAUAUUCGUGUCUGUAUAUUAUAAUCGUUUGUUCAUUGACUAACACUAUACUUGGUACACUCAAGGAAAUAGGAAUAUAUAUUUAAAAAAAUACAUUUGUAAAUGUGCUUAUGCACAUAUAUUCUGUACUUGUGUUCAUAUUUAUGUAAAUAUAUAUUAACAGUAUUUAUUUAUUUAACACAAAA